AUGCCGCCCAAGAAGCGUGGCCUCGAUGUCAUCGACCUCAUUAGCAGCGAGGGCGAGAACUCAUCAGCGCCGCCACCAAGCAAAAGGCCGGCCGUAAACCGGGGCCCGUCUUUGGGACAAUCCUCCGGGGCCCGUGUUGCGGGCAGCCAGCCGUAUAACACCCAACGCACGGCUAGCUCUAGUUCUUUCGCCGGCCCUUCUUCACAGAAUGUGUAUUACAACCGGGACGAUGCUGACCUAAUCGACCUCACACAAGCUCCCGAUGGUCCAGCCCGAGAGCUUUAUGGAAAUCUCGAUACCAAGAUCGUCGGAGUGCGGUACUACAACGGCUACGCCUCGCAGGGAGAGGUUGUCGUCUGUCUGCGGGAACCCACCAACCCAUACGAUUCCAAUGCCAUUCGGGUCUGCAAUGUCAUGGGCAUCCAGAUUGGCCACAUCCCGCGCAAGGUGGCCGAGAAGCUGGCGCCGUACGUUGACAAUGAUGAUGUUGCUUUGGAAGGAACACUCACAGGCGAGAAGGGCGUGUUCGACUGCCCCGUUCGCCUGCACCUUUUCGGAACCGGCGAUCGUGAGCAGCGUCUGCAAUUGGAAGACAGGCUAAAGAAGGAUAAGCUCAUCAAAGCCACCGAGCUCAAGAAGACCAGGGCUGAGGCUGAAGCCCAGAGAAAGGCACUCGGCAUCAAGAAUUCACAGUCGACGAUCGGCUUGGGCGGCAGUGCCUCAGCGGCCCCAGAACCGGAAGUGUCACUGGAGCAGCUCACGCAAGCCAGUCAAGCUUUGCAAACCCACAGUCGCGGUGAUGCAGUCAAAUCCCUUAUUAUCGACGAAGAUACUCUGGCCGCCAUGCCCAUGGCGGAGCAGCCGGCAGUACUAGAAGCUCAGCUUUUGCCGUAUCAGUUGCAGGGUCUGGCCUGGAUGACGUCUAAGGAGAGCCCCCAGUUUCCACCGAAGGGCACCACAGAAAGUAUUCAGCUUUGGCAACGGAUCCCAAAGAAUGACAAGGUAAUGAGCAACAUGGCGACCAAUUUCGUGAUGAACGAACCCAAACUGCUCUCUGGCGGCAUUCUUGCUGAUGACAUGGGUCUUGGCAAAACUCUCCAAGUUAUCAGUCUCAUUUUGACGGGCGGUCCCGGCACUACCCUUAUCGUCGCUCCAUUGAGUGUCAUGAGCAAUUGGGAGCAGCAAAUGCGCAGACAUGUCAAGAAGGAACACCUUCCAUCCAUUUACACGUACCAUGGAUCCAACAAGGUGGGUAAGGAUGAGCUGACAAAGUACCAAGUUGUCAUCACCAGCUACAAUACGCUUGCCAUGGAGGGACCAAAGAAGUCUGAAGAUUCCGUUCCCAAAACAUCGCCCCUGAUGCAGAUGAAAUGGAGGCGAGUCGUGCUUGACGAGGGCCAUACCAUCCGCAACGCCAAAACCAAAGCAGCCAUCGCCGCAACCAAGCUCACUGCUCAAUCCAGAUGGGCGCUUACCGGAACUCCAAUCAUCAACAACAUCAAGGAUUUUCAGUCCCUACUCCAGUUCCUCCAUAUCACUGGUGGUGUCGAACAACCAGUCAUUUUCAACACAGUUAUCGCCCGGCCACUCGCUCAAGGGCAUCAACGAGCCGAGACACUCUUGCAGCUUCUUAUGAGAGACCUUUGCUUGAGGCGCAAGAAGGACAUGAAGUUUGUCGAUUUGAAGUUACCGCCCAAGACGGAGUACGUACAUCGCAUCCAGUUUAGACCGGAUGAGAAGAACAAGUACGAGGCUUUGUUUUGCAAUCACUGGACGCUCUGUCGCAAGAGAAUCGACGAUCUCUUGAAGGUCCUCGAAGGCCAAUCUGUGGUCUCCCUUAACCCUGAGAACGUGAAGAUCCUCCAAGAAGCCCUCCGCCUUUACAUUGAAACGCAAGAGGACUGUGCGGUCUGUCUCGAUACCCUGGAUAGCCCAGUCAUCACCCACUGCAAGCACGUUUUCUGCCGUGGCUGCAUUACCAAGGUCAUCCAGACGCAGCAUAAAUGCCCAAUGUGUCGCAACCAGCUCGAAGAAGAUUCUCUUCUCGAACCAGCCCCCGAAGGUGGUGAGGAGGCCGCAGACGAUGGCUUCGAUUCGGAUGGAAAGAGCUCCAAGACGGAGGCCCUCGUUAAGAUUGUCCAGGCCACGACGAAGGACCCAAAGUCCAAGAUUGUCAUCUUCUCACAAUGGACUUCGUUCCUUAACAUUAUCCAAGCCCAAAUCGCGGAGGCAGGAAUCAAGUUCUGCCGCAUCGACGGCUCAAUGACAGCUGCGAAACGUGACGCAGCCAUUGAUGCUCUCGACCACGACCCCAAUACGCGGGUGAUGCUCGCUAGUUUGGCCGUCUGCAGUGUAGGUCUCAACCUCGUAUCGGCAGACACGGUCAUUCUCGCGGACAGCUGGUGGGCGCCGGCCAUUGAAGACCAGGCCGUCGAUCGUGUGCAUCGUCUGGGCCAGAAGCGGCCCACUACCGUCUGGCGACUUGCCAUGGAGGGCACCGUCGAGGAGCGCGUGCUGGAUAUUCAACAUGAGAAACGAACGCUUGUUGGCAAAGCUUUCCAGGAAAAGAACAAGGGCAAGAAGACCCAGGAGACCCGGAUGGCAGAUAUCCAGAAGCUGCUUGGAUGA